AUACCUCUCCUUACUGAAGUUCUUCAUUCCCCCUUCCCCCUCCCUGAUUGGAAAGUAAUAGGUGGAGUGGAAUCUCGGGAUGGGGGGGGGGAAAGGGGGUGUUGCACCCCAAAGUCACUCUAAUGAGCAGACAGGAGACUAGAGAAGAUACUGGCAGAAAAACGUGGCCUUUAUUAGAGAAGGGGGCGGGGGAACUGCUCCAAAUGGUUGACUCAAAACAAUGUCCAGGGGUAUACAAGUGAACUCAGAAUUUAUAGGAAAUUAAUACAGUGCUUCUCUUCAGCCACCCACCUGUGUACAAUGUCUAUGGAGAAGUUGUACAUUGGUUGGCAUGUGCAUUAUAUGUUGCAUGCCGGAAAAGCAUUAUUCCUACUGUUGGAAAAGGCGUCAUGGAGGGAAAUUGUGUAUCACUGACCAGAAUACUACGUUCUGCCAAACUGAGUUUAAUUCAGUUUUUUAGUAAAAUGAAGAAGUGGAUAGACAUGUCAAACCUGUCACAGGAAUUUCGUGAGCGCAUAGACAGGCUGGAGAGAAACUUUGAAGUGUCAACUGUGAUUUUCAAAAAAUUUGAGCCAAUAUUUUUGGACAUAUUUAGAAAUCCAUAUGAAGAGCCACCAAAAUUGCAGCGGAGCAGAAAACAAAGACGAGUUCCUUGCACUGUUAAAGAUCUCUUUAACUUCUGUUGGACACUCUUUGUCUAUACCAAAGGUAACUUUCGUAUGAUUGGAGAUGAUUUAGUAAACUCUUAUCAUUUACUUCUCUGCUGCUUGGAUCUAACUUUCACAAAUGCCAUUAUGUGCCCAAAUAGAAGAGAUUUGCUGAAUCUGUCAUUCAAAGGUUUACCAUCUGAUUUCCAUACUCCUGACUUUAGAGUAUCUGAAGAACCACCUUGUAUCAUUGCCACACUCUGUGAGCUGCAUGAUGGACUUCUAGUGGAAGCAAAAGGGAUAAAAGAGCAUUACUUUAAACCAUACAUUUCAAAAUUAUUUGAUAGGAAGAUUUUAAAAGGAGAAUGCCUCUUGGAUAUUUCCAGUUUUGCAGAUAACAGCAAAGCAGUGAAUAAGGAAUAUGAAGAAUAUGUUCUUACAGUUGGUGAUUUUGAUGAAAGAGUUUUCUUGGGAGCAGAUGCAGAAGAGGAAAUUGGAAGUCCUCAGAAGUUUACAGGUGACAUCCCAGCAGGAAAACUGAUUGCAAGAGUCCAUAUGGAUUGUAACCUUCAGCAGCAUUUUGCGAAGAAAAGAUCAUUUGCCCCUUCUACUCCACUUACCGGACGUCGGUAUCUACGAGAAAAGGAAGCUGCCACUACUCCUGUAGCUUCAGCAACCCAGAGUGUGAGCCGAUUACAGAACAUUGUGGCUGGAUUGAAAAAUGCACCAAGCGAGCAACUUGUGAAUAUUUUUGAGUCUUGUGCACGCAAUCCUAUGGAAAACAUUAUGAAUAUAGUGAAAGGGAUAGGAGAAGCUUUUUGUCAACAUUAUACUCAAUCAACAGAUGAACAGCCAGGAUCUCACAUAGAUUUUGCUGUAAAUCGACUUAAAUUGGCAGAAAUCUUAUACUAUAAAAUUUUAGAGACUAUAAUGGUUCAGGAAACAAGACGACUUCAUGGAAUGGACAUGUCUGUUCUUUUGGAGCAGGAUAUAUUUCAUCGUUCUUUGAUGGCUUGCUGUUUGGAAAUUGUGUUGUUUGCAUAUAGCUCACCUCGAAGUUUUCCCUGGAUCAUUGAAGUUCUUGAUCUAAGUCCAUUUUACUUUUAUAAGGUCAUUGAAGUAUUGAUUCGAUCAGAGGAAGGACUAUCAAGAGAUACAGUAAAGCAUCUUAACAGCAUCGAAGAACAAAUUCUGGAAAGCUUAGCAUGGAGCAGUGAUUCUGCAUUGUGGGAUGCUCUCCAUAUUUCUGACAACAAUGUUCCUACCUGUGAAGAAGUCAUAUUUCCUAAUAACUUGGAGGCAGGAAGUGUUCAAAGUCAUCUUCCAAUGAUGCCAUUGUCUCCCAUAGUGCACCCUCGUGUAAAAGAAGUUCGGACUGACAGUGGAAGCAUUCGACGAGAUAUGCAGCCAUUAUCUCCAAUAUCUGUUCAUGAGCGCUACAGUUCCCCUACUGCAGGAAGUGCUAAGAGAAGGCUUUUUGGAGAGGAUACUUCCUCAAAAAUGUUUGUCGACAAGACCACAACAGAAGGAACCAAGAUGAAAAUGGUUUCAUCAUCAAGCAAUAUUGCUGAAAAUGCAUCUGUUUUACCUGGGCAGAGUCUUCUAACUGUGGCACCAGUUGUAGUAACAGGAGCAACAGGACAAAAAGUUACAAUUCCAUUGCAUGGUGUUGCCACUGAUACAGGAGAGAUCACAGUAAUACCUAUGCAACUGAAUGCAAAUGAGCAGUCUAGAGUGGAGAGCCCUGUACAAAUACCAAUUACAGCUCAGUCAUUAAGUGGUACUUCUCCAAAACAAUCCCAUGCAACAAAAGCUCCAGAAGUGCAACAGGCUGGAAUAAACCGACCAAAAAAAACUGGAUCUCUAGCACUAUUUUAUAGGAAGGUCUAUCAUUUGGCAAGUGUACGCUUACGUGAUUUGUGCUUAAAACUGGAUGUUUCCAAUGACUUGAGAAGAAAGAUAUGGACAUGUUUUGAAUUCACAUUAGUGCAUUGCUUUGAUCUCAUGAAAGACAGACAUUUGGAUCAGCUCCUUCUUUGUGCUUUUUACAUUAUGGCAAAGGUAACAAAAGAAGAAAGAACUUUUCAAGACAUAAUGAAAAGUUACAGAAAUCAGCCCCAAGCAAAUAGUCAUGUUUAUAGAAGUGUUCUGUUGAAAAGAAUUCCAGUAGAAGUUAGCACAUGCAAUAAAAAUAUAAAAGAUACUGAAAUGAUAGAUUAUGACUUAGAUUGUGCAAAAAUACCAGAUUCUUCCACUGGAUCAAUGAAAGAGGAGAGAGGUGAUCUUAUCAAAUUUUACAAUGAAGUUUAUGUAGGAAGAGUGAAGUCAUUUGCACUAAAAUAUGAUUUGUCAAAUGAAGAAAAUGUGAUAGAAGCUCCACCUCUGUCUCCUUUCCCAAACAUUAAGCAGCAGCCUGUGUCUCCUCGCCGGAUCUCUCAGCAACACUCAGUUUAUGUCUCUCCACACAAGAAUGGGACCUGCCUUACCCCAAGGACAGCUUUGCUGUACAAGUUUAAUGGCAGCCCUUCCAAGAGUUUGAAAGACAUCAACAAUAUGAUCAAACAUGGUGAACAAAGAAGCAAGAAACGAGCAUUAACUAUUGAUGGCGAUACCCAAUCACCUACUAAGCGCCUCUGCCAGGAAAAUGAUGAUGUGUUACUGAAACGACUACAAGAUGUUGUCAGCGAAAGAGCCAAUCAUUAACAAUCUUAUGGUUUCAGGGGAAAACAUUCAGAUUCAGGUCAGUUUCCCAGUUUCCCAUAUGAAAGAUAGGCAUUCCCUUGGAACUUAUAUCUCUUCAUUUUCACAGUCUUUUGGGAUAUCCGUAUCAAGUGGUAUGGAAACUGCAGUGAUUACUUUUUAUAUUUUUAUUUAUCUAAAAUAUGGUAUAAGAGAUACUGUGCUGGGCAGAGGGGCCUUUUAUCUUUAGUUUUCUUGAUACAAAUACUGAUUGAUGUUGCCACCCACCAUAUUGAAAUUUUCUUUCUUAAGUCAUUAAAAAUGUAUUAGAUGCUCUUCAGGGGGGCAAAUUACAUUCAAGGGCAAUUCUUUUCCCAUUGUCACUUUUGGGAUUAGAAGUAGAUGAACGUGGAAGUAAAAAGUUAUUUCUUCAACCAUAUGGAUAUGCUUUUGGAGAAUGUUUUUGAGUGCCUUUUUUAAUUUGGCAUAUAGAAUUUCUCACUGUUUUGAAGUUAAUGAAGCAGGGAGAAAAUUGACUGUAAAAAAUGCUCUUAAGAAGUUUUGAGCCAAACUUUUCUAAAAUAUGCGUCUCUUUUGCAAAUGUAAUGCGUUUCUGUUACAAAUGUAAGCAAUCUGUUUUUUAUAAUGUUAAGAGUACCUUUAGCCAAGGCUUUUAUAACAUUCAAUUGUUGUCAUGCUAAUUGGCAACCCUACCUAGCACUUGUGCCAGAAGAUGACAGGCCACAGAAUUACAAGAUCUUUCAAAUUGGAAUUGAUCUCAGUGGCCAUCUGGUCCAACCUAUACCUCAAUAGGAAUCUCUGCUACAUCUCCAUCAAGUGGUCAUCUAGCCUUCAUCAGAUGACUUUCAGUGGUGGACUGUGGGGUGGGAAUGGGGGGAUAGAGGAGACACCUACUACCUCCCAGAGCAACCCAUUCCCCUUUGUGAGCUCUCUAAUAGUCAGGAAGUUAGGUUGAAAUCUACCUUUGUGCAGCUUCCAUCUGUAGUAGCUGUUUCUGCUUUCUGGGCCCAAGUAGAAGAGGUGUUAAUUUUUCUACCACAUGACAGCCCUUUACUUACUUACUCAUACUGUUCCUCCUAAAUUUUCUCUUCUGGAUAAAAAUCCCAUGUUCUUUCCACUCACUCCUUUUAUAGCAUGGUCUCCAAUUUCCUUCUCAUCCAAACCAUCUUCUUUUGGACUUGCUCCAGCUUAUUAUUAGGCAUCCUUGAUGAAAAUUUGGUCACUCUUUUCCUUUCUAAGUGCUCACAAUGUAAUCCUAAAGCUCUAGCAUUUUGCUAGGAAUUGGAGUAAUUCUACUAGCUAUCAUUAGGGAAAUACAGUCCUAUAUAAGCAAAGAAGCCAUUAUUCAUACAUCUUAAGCUUUAUUCAGAAAUUGAAAUCUUGUUCCCAAAUAGUAGCUUCUUAAUCCAAUAAUCCACUUCCUAAAUUUGAGUUUUCUUUUGCAGCUUCUAUUUUAAUCAGUGAUGAAAACGCAUAUAUCCUUAAUUUUCAGGGUUUUUGUUUUUUUUUCCAGACUUCAUGAAUUCUUUGCUGUACUCCCUAGGUUCCUUUUAAUGGUAUAAUUUCUAUCUCUAUGAAUCAUUAGGAGUGUGGUAGUGAUCAUCGCAUCCAAUACUUCUCAGAAUCCUUCCUAUCACAUUCUUGUUAACAUUACACAGGAAGAUACCAAAUCUAUUGUCUUUGUAAUAGCUCUGUUGGUACCCCUGACAGGAAGUGGCUACUAGUCUCAUUGUUGACUUCCAGUGAGUGACUUCUGAUGGGAUCUUAGGAUCCGGCAUUAUUAUUCUUUGGGUCAUAAGAAAUUGCUUCCUACUAAGGAUUUAGUUCCCCACUGUGUGGGAAGUGCUUUAUAUUUACUUAACUCAGAUCCUUUUUGUCCUUUCUUUCCCAUUUGUCCAACUCUCCCACUUUUUAAAUAGAGGUUAGGGCCCCUGUCAUCUCAACUUCUCCUUAAAUAAUUUUCCAUUCUUUUACAGGAUACUUUUUUUCUCCCCAAUCAACUGGGGAUAAAUUCUUUUAACUUAUAUUUGGCAAUCUGUUUGCCACACCUCCCUGCUUUGGUGGCUCAAGAAUGAGGUCCUAUCCUAGGCCCACCUCUUCUCAAAAGUUACUAGAUUCCUGCCAAGUCUUUAUACAAAUAGCUGUCCUUAGCUACCACAUGGGGAUCUAAAGCCGGAAGUACCAGCUCAUUUUCUCUAAAUUUACUCCAAAGCAUAAGUCUGGCACAUCUACAUCUUUGCUGGGGCUUGUAAAUUCAUUCUGAGGCCUUGCCCCAGGUUAGUCUCAAUUAAUUUACUUUUGUACUAGUGGAUUUUAAGUAAUCCCUUCAGAUCUCUAGAAACCUAGAGUGGUAACAUCAAAAGGCAUGGCAAAUCUACAGUGAGGCACUGUACUUAUAUUAAGGAGCUUGGGAGAUAGCUACCCUAUCACCUGUUCUCAGACUUGUCCAAGGUCACACAGCUUUGAAGCCAAGUCCUUAUAUUCACUCCAUCCCUGCCAUUUUGCUUCUAAGAAUAAGCCUGUCUUUUAAGUCACCUUUUAAACUAAAAGUUUUAGUUAGCAUUUAUGAAAACAUACUUUGUGUAGUAUCUACACCUUGUAAGUGAAGAUACACCCUAUUUUAAGUGUAUAUAUCUAUGUAACUAUAACCAUUGGCCUUUUGACAGCAUGCUUGUAUGGGAUCCUUUUAAAAUGUUUAGAUAAGAUCUAGAAGUUGUUUAUUCCUUUUGUCUUGAUUGGUAUUGCAUAAUAAACUGUUUAAUUUUA